AAAAAAUCAUUCAUCUUGGGAUUUUUAAUUAGAAUGAUUGUAAUAUUAUAUAGUAUUUGGCAUGAUAGUACAUUCGAGGUUAAAUAUACAGAUGUGGAUUACCAAGUAUUUUCCGAUGCAGCACAAUUUGUUGUGGAGGGAGAAUCACCAUUCAAAAGAGGAACCUACAGGUAUACACCACUCUUGAGUUUCAUGAUGAUUCCAAAUAUUUUGAUUCAUCCAAUAUUUGGAAAAUUAAUAUUUUGUGCUGUGGAUUUACUUGUUUCUUGGAUUGUUUUUCAAUUACUAAAUUCGAAUUUUCACAGAUUUUAUUCGAAAAAUAAUAGUGGAAAUAAUUUUAGUCUCCUCCUUACUAAUUGUACAAUUUUAUUCAAUCCAAUUCUGAUUAAUGUAUCUACGAGAGGAAAUGCAGAUCAAUGUAUUGUAUUACUAGUUCUAUUAUCAUUAUAUGCUCUUGAUAAGAAAAGAUUACUCGAAUCGAGUAUAUGGUUUGGUCUGGCUGUGCAUUUCAAAAUUUAUCCAAUCAUUUACUUGCCAACCAUUCUAAUUUAUUUAUGGUAUAGUGUUGACUAUUUAAUGUCAAUUAAGGAAAAAAUCAAAGCUUGUGUGUUAUAUUGUUUAAUAAGUGGAACUGUAUGCCUCUCUCUCAUUGGAAUAUUUUACUUUAUUUAUGGAUUUGAGUUUUUAUACGAAUCUUAUUUAUAUCAUGCAGUGAGAAGUGAUAAUAGACAUAAUUUUUCAAUUUACUUUUAUUAUCUCUAUUUGGGAGGAGCUAAUGGAGCUGAUAAGGGUUCAAGAUUGAUUUCACUUCUUGCCUUCUUACCUCAAUUUAUUUCACUCUUGGCUCUCUCAUGGAAAACCAAUAGGAAGAAUCUCUUCAAUACCAUAUUUACACAGACAUUCCUAUUUGUAAUGUUCAAUAAGGUGUGCACAGUUCAGUAUUUUGUAUGGUACAUUUCAUUAUUUGGAUUUACUUUACAAGCAUUUUUCUAUGAGAGAAUGAAUCGUGAAACACGCUCCAAAUCCUUGACUAUCCUUAUUUUGUGUAUUGUAUUUUGGUUUAUUGGACAAGGUGUUUGGUUAUCAAAUGCUUAUAGAUUGGAAUUUUUAGGAGAAAACUCCUUCUUUUCAAUCUGGUUGAGUGGUCUUUUCUUUUUCAUUAUUAAUGCCUGCAUUGCCAUU